AUGCAUUUCAUACAGUGUUUCUUCGAGAUGUCUGACACUUGGAAUGAUGAUGCCGCCGAGGGCGCCUCCUGGGAUCCCGACAAGAAAGAAGAUGGGACCCGCUGGGGCCGAAAGCCCGAAGUAGGCUAUGAUCAUGCUAGCAGCCCGAAGGGAAAUCAGGGCUCUGGCGGCGGUUACGAUGAGAAUGCUUGCCGCAUCUGUGGUGGUUCAGACCACUUCGCCCGCAACUGUCCAAAUGAGGUCCCCGAGUACUCGUCAUACCCGCAACAGUCACGCGGUUGCUUCAACUGUGGCCAGGAGGGCCACUCCAAGGCCGAAUGCACCGAGCCUCCAAAGUCUUUCGGCGCUUGCUUCAACUGUGGUGAAGAAGGCCACUCCAAGGCGGACUGCACCCAGCCCCGCAAGUUCAGCGGGGCUUGCUUCAACUGUGGCGAGGAAGGACCGAGUGCACCAACCCGCGAGUGUUUAAAGGCACCUGCCGCCUUUGCGAGAAGGAAGGUCAUCCGGCUUCGGAGUGCCCCAGAGAGACCUCCUGAUGUUUGCCGCAACUGUGGAGCUGAAGGCCACCAAGCAUUUGUCUGCACAGCGCCGCGCAAGUUCGAUUUGAACAAAGUUGCAGAUAGAUUGCCAGAGGAGGCGUGGGACAUGAUGAAGGCCGCAGGAACGGAUACUGAGGCAUUCCGUUCGCUCCCCGAGGCUACCUACGUUGAAAUUGAAAAGAAAAUGCGCGAGGAUAACUUUCUCCUCUACACGAUUGCAGUGGAUAAGGAAGUUGGAGAUAUGCACACUCUGAUUGACCUCCAAGGCAACCUGGACAAGAAAUACACUGUGGCAUUCUACCGCGGCCCUAACUCCCCGCGAAAUAUUCUCAAUGACAGAUGGCCUGAUAGCCCUGAGGACAACAUUGAGCGAUUGGCAAAUUCAGGGGUCUCUUGCAAUCGCUAUGUCGUCAAGUGCCGCAACUGUGAUGAAAUCGGCCACAUUGCAAAGAAUUGCAAGCAGGAGCGCACUGAGGCUGAGCGCACUGAAAUCAAAUGCUCUAAUUGCGAGGCAGUCGGCCACCGUGUGCGUGACUGCCCAGAGCCACGUCGCAGCAAGCAUGGAUGCCGCAAUUGCGGCUCCGAUGAACACCAGGCUAAGGAGUGCCCCGAGCCUCGGGUUGCCCCCCUGACACUGAAUGCCGCCGGUGCCAUGAACUCGGUCACUUUGCCCAGGACUGCCCCAAGGGUGGUGAAGACCGGGGCCCGCGCACUUGCCGCAAUUGCGGAUCCGAGGAUCACAUCGCUCGUGAGUGUGACAAGCCUCGCGACCCGGCCACUAUCAUGUGCCGUAACUGUGACCAGCGUCACUCCAGCCGUGAAUGUCCUCAGCCCAAGGACUGGUCCAAAGGUCCAGUGCAACCGUUGUGGCGAAUUUGGCCACACUGUGCAUCGUUGCCCCCAGCCUGAGGACUCAGUCGACGCUGGCUACAACGAGACGGCCCAUGAUCACAACCCGGAGGGACAGAGAUCGACUGCUGGCUCGCGACCAGCUUCUGCCGCUGGUACCACUGUGCCAGUGACUGAUGAUGACGAUCUUAAGAACCAGGCGUGGUGA